GGAAGGGGGGGACAGACAUGGGGUCAGCGCCUCGACCCCCCCAAGGGCUCCAUGGACAGAAGAGCGAGGGCUUGUUCCCACAGCGGAAUCCCCAGCGGGGGCGCCCCGGCUGACCUCGUAGCACAGAGCGUGACUUCGGCAUUCCGGAUCUAAAAGCUGCAGCGGCCAGGUCAGGUGGCCCCCAGCUCUCAGGUUACAGACCUUCCGCCGUCCGCACCGCCGGGACUUCUUGGGACCUAGUAAGUACCCACAGGAAAUAAUAAGCAUUCACCAAAUGCUUAUUGGAGGAAAGCUCUGGCAUACCCAACACCACUGUUCCUAAGAAGUUCGAGAGAAUAUGUAGGCUUCAGUCCAGUCCCUGAAUGGCUGGUCUCCAGUUGGCGCCACAUCUGCCUGUGGGCGUUAUGCUCCCAUAUAAUAAAGCGGAAGCUCCAGGGCUCCUCUCAGCUAAGCAAGAGCCCUGUGAAAAAGGUGACUCUUCUCAGCGGUCCUCAAUGGGGCACCCGAGGAACAAUUUCCAGCAGAAGUUUUUGAGCAACAAAGAGCUGAUGCCGGAGAAUCUCUACACUCCCUCCAAAUGGAACACGUACAGCAAAGCUUGGAGCUACUCCUAUCCCCAGUGUGUUGGAAUCAGCCAGCAGGAUUCCAGAAGCAGUCCCCAGGGCCAAGCAAAGGGUUUGUUUUACUCAUCAGAUCCUCAGUCCUGGUAUCCCAAAGCAGAUAACCAGGAAUUCAUCCCCUUUACAAAGAAGCGAGUUGGGGUGGACCGGGCAUACCCACUGAAACCUGUGUUCCACAGGAAGUCUCAUAGUAUGAGUGAGGCUGCCAUUGAUGGGGACCAGAAUGUCUCUCCAAGACCCCCUGAACCAAGAGGGUUUCCAUACAGCAGCGCUGGUUCAAGGAACUGGGAGAAUUCAUCUGGGGUUUGUGCUGUUGCUGCCACACAGGAGGAGAGGGCCGUGGCACAUCCCAACAGGACUGAACGGGUGCAGAUCCAAAGACUAGAAGCUGCAGGGGAGAGCUUACGGGAGGAAAUCCGAAGAAAAGAGACCCUCCUAAGGGAAAAGCUGAAGAAGACAGAGGAGGAACUCAGAAGGAUCCAGAAAGAAAAGGAACAGGCUAAGGAAAAUGAAAAAAGAGAGCUACAGAGAAUGACACUCCCCAGGAGGAGAGUUAAAGGUAACAGCAACACCACAUACAAAUCUACCUUCUCCCCAGAACUGGGGGCUGAGGAGGUCUUCAGCAGACAGAGGGGAGAGGAUGAAACUAGAGGAUGGCCUCAAGAAAAUUCUAGUCCACUCCAGUUCUCUGAUUAUGGAAUACAGAAGCUCAAAAGGGAAAGACUGGUGGCGAGCAAUAACAAAAUCCGAGACUUAGUCUCAGGGCCACCAAAAGAGUUCUCUCAGUCUUCAGGAGUGCCAGGCCGUGCUUCACGGGGAUCCACCAGCAAUUCUAGUCUGUCUAGGGCACCAGACUCCUCAGUUUCCAGCUGUUCUACCGAGGAGCCAGAACUUGGCGAAUGUAGCCAUUGUGGACGCAAGUUCCUGUUGCUCAGACUGGAGAGACACUCCAACGCCUGCAGCAGGAUGCAGAGUUCCAAGAGGAAAGUGUUUGACUCCUCCAAGGCCCGGGCCAAGGGCACAGAACUAGAGCAGUACUUGAACUGGAAGGGAUCGGCCUCAGUCCAGGCUGAACCUCCUCGGAAGAGCAACUGGAGACAGAAGCAUGAGUCUUUCAUCUAUACCCUCCGUCAGGCUCGAGAAGUCCAGCAGGUAAUUGCCAAAGGUGGAAACCCCUCAGACUUGCCUCCUAUCCUGCCUGCAGAAAAUCCAGAUUAUAUUCAGUGUCCUCACUGUAGUCGCCGCUUUGCCCCCAACGUGGCUGAGCGGCACAUUCCCAAGUGUAAGACCAUCAAGAACCGGCCUCCACCUCCAAGGAAGCAUCCCAGUUGAGCGGACAACAGUGGAAGCCUCCUUGAUAAUUCAGAAGGCUCUGCUUCUCGUCAGCAGUAAAUGGGAGUAGAAUAAUUUGAUGGAAAACAGAACUAAAAGUUUUAUACCUCCCCCAUCUGCCUGCAGAGCUUCAAUCAGUGAGGAGAGACCCUUUGCUAAGCAGCAGGAGGCAAAAGGAAGCCUCAGCUUCCCACUAAAUUACCAGCUCAGGCUGGAGUGCCUUGUUAUUGCCCUAAGAACGGAUGGCUGAAGGAAGACACUCGAGAGGCGAGCGGGCUACAUUAAAGCUCUCUUCUCGCAAGCCCGACUUGUGAUGUGUGCUGGUUAAGUGCCUGCAUUCGCACUGCCUUCUUGCCACUGCCUCUGCAUGUAUGUCUGUGGUUCCAGUUAACUCUUCUCUUGCAGGAAGUUGGUUCAUUACAUUGAGUUGGGUCAGAGGAUCAUGAUCACCCAGGUGGUAUCUUAUGAAAGAUAAUACGAUUUUGCCAUAAGGCAAAUGGAAAUUUAUCCUUGACCUCCCUGAUGCAUGGUCCUGCCAAAAGCUAAUACAAGUCGGUAAGGUUAGGGUGCCAGUAUAUCCUAAAUCCUCCUGUGGUUACUGUGUACUAAAGGGAAACUCAUCUUUAUGUGCUUUACAGGGUAAGGGGGGGGGGGGAGGACCCAGUAUGUCUCAGUAGUUGUUCUUUUCUAAUGGAUUUCAUGUCAAAAAAAAAAAAAAUGAAGAAACUUCAGUUUCAGCCACUGCUAGCAUUCUGCUUUGAAAUCAGUUUGCUUGUAUGGCUUUUUCAAAUGAGAACAAAAUCUACCAUCAAAGCAAGCUGAGACAUUCCCGUGGCACACGUCCCUCUCCCAUUACACCACAGCAAACAUCUAUCUUAGCAAGUAAACAGAUGAAAAAGAUACCAGAUCUUUUUAAUUUUCCCUAUGCAGAAUUGUGCAUACUGCAAGUAACCUUCAUAAAUAGACCUUCAAUAAAUGGGGUUUGGAGAUUAAAAUUAAAUAAUAAAAAGAGGAAGUCCUAGAUUGGUCAAAUGGGAGAAGUGAUAAGGUAAUGCCUGUCAGGGGUAGUAUCAGUUCAGAUAGGAUGAAGAUUGCACGACAGAUCUGAAAUAACUGAUCUGAUUAUGGUCCUGAGACCAUCACUCAAAUUGUUAGUUUCAAAUAUUAGAGGGGUGCCUCAGUGGCACAGUCAGUUGAGCAUCCCACUUCGGCUCAGGUCACGAUCUCACGGUUUGCGGGUUCAAGACCCACAUCGGGCUCUGUGCUGACAGCUCAGAGCCUGGAGCCUGCUUCUGAUCCUCUGUCCACCUCUCCCUCUGCCCCUUCUCCGUUCAUACUUUUUCAAAAAUAAAUAAACUUAAAAGAAAAGAAAAAGAAUGGGGUGCCUGGGUGGCUCAGUCGGUUAAGCGUCCGACUUCAGCUCGGGUCAUGAUCUCACGGUCCGUGAGUUCGAGCCCUGCGUCGGGCUCUGUGCUGACAGCUCGGAGCCUGGAGCCUGCUUUGGAUUCUGUGUCUCCCUCUCUUUCUGCCCCUCCCCCACUCACACUCUUUCUCCCUCUCAAAAAUAAAUAAACAUUAAAAAAAAAUACUGGAAAAAAAACACCCAACCUGACCUGGGCCAAUGUGACUAGGCAGACAAUAAAGCCAUAUUUUACUAAACAAUAAAUGGCCACUCACUCUUGUUCCAUUUCCUCUGCAGCUUCUGCUGAUUGGGCUAACAGAUCAGACCAAUAUGAAAUAUGAAUUUAAAAUUUUAGCUGUGAAGCUGAAAAAAAUUUACAUACUUAAAAAACAGUACAUAUUAAAUUGCUUUAUGUUCUUCCUAAUUGUUGCAAAGAGGGAUCACAUAAUGGAGCUUUAGGUUGGCCACUUGAAGAACCCUCACACACAGUGGAUAUUUAAACCGAUAUAUACAUUCAUUCCCCAGGCAAGCCUAGUGAGGUACAAAUUGUAAGUUUCACACUUGAUGGUAAAAGCAAUAGAUGGCAAGAAUGAGCUGUGGCCAAGGCCGCAAAGUGGUAGCUUAUGGACUGCUUUGUCCUACAGAUGUGUUUUAUUUGGCUGGUACGGAACUGAAACUGGAUUGACAUUUAAAAAUUGGGAUAUGGAGGGGCAGCUGGGUGACUCAGUCAGUUCUGUGUCCAACUACAACUUAGGUCAUGAUCUCAUGGUUUGUGGGUUUCAAGCCCCAUGUCGGGCUCUGUGCUGACAACUCAGAGCCUACACAGCCAGCUUCAGAUUCUGUGCCUCCCUCUCUCUGCUCCUCCCCGUGCUCUCUCUCUCUCAAAAAUAAGUGUUAAAAAAAAAAAAUUAAAAAUAAAUAAAAAUAAAAAUUGGGAUAUGGAGAAUCUCUUGAAAAGGCAGAAGUUCUGGAAACACCAGGCCAGCAACCCUGCAUAGCACCACUGAGUGUCCUUCAGACAGGCUCACCACUCAGAUAACCACAGCCCCUCCUGGCCUGCUUCACUUAUUUGCCUUAUCUGCCUUAUCUGCCUGGCUCAACAGGCACUUGGGUUUGGGAUCCCUGAAUGAUGUUAUUAAGUUCACAGAUCAGGGUCCUCCGGGGGAACAAAUGUAUGUGUGGGGAGUGCUGUCUUUAGACACAGGAAGCAGUUAUUCAUUCUUACAUUGCUAGAGAAAUAAAACAAUAGUCAAUGCCUUAGUGUUCCCUCCACUCUCAACAUGUUUAGGCCUUGCUUAUAUUAGGAAUAUCUAUUAGUCUUUUAAAUUUAGCUUGAUCUGAUCUUUGGGAAGAGGUCAGAACCCUUUUUCUAUCUAAGUCCAUUCCUGGAUAGCAGAGAAUAGUGGAUAAAUAAAUGCUGCUUGUUAAUGUC